AAGGCACAGAAGAGAGUUUUAACUGAAGUCCUCCGAUAGACGAGAUGUUUCAGAUUAAGAAGAUUUGCUGUAUAGGCGCUGGGUAUGUUGGAGGUCCGACAUGUAGUGUCAUUGCAAGCAUGUGUCCCGAGAUCACAGUAACAGUGGUGGAUGUUAAUGAAUCCCGGAUCAGAGCCUGGAACUCCGAGAUCCUGCCCAUCUAUGAGCCGGGUCUGAAUGAGGUGGUGAUGUCUUGUCGUGGGAAAAACCUCUUCUUCUCCACAGAUAUCGACUUUGCCAUUAAACAAGCAGAUCUGGUCUUCAUUUCUGUAAACACCCCGACUAAGACGUAUGGUAUGGGGAAAGGUCGUGCUGCUGACUUGAAGUUUAUCGAGGCAUGUGCACGGCGGAUUGUGGAGGUGUCAGAGGGGUAUAAAAUCGUUACAGAGAAGAGCACGGUGCCGGUCCGUGCCGCUGAGAGCAUCCGCAGGAUAUUUGACGCAAACAACAAACCCAAACUCAACUUACAGGUUCUCUCUAACCCAGAGUUCCUUGCGGAGGGUACAGCAGUGAAGGACCUGAAGGACCCAGAUCGCGUCCUGAUUGGUGGAGAUGAGACUCCAGAAGGUCAAAGGGCCAUCAGUGCACUCUGUGCAGUUUAUGAGCACUGGGUUCCCAAAUCACGUAUAAUCACCACCAACACCUGGUCCUCUGAACUCUCCAAGCUGGCAGCGAAUGCAUUCCUGGCUCAGCGCAUCAGCAGUAUAAACUCCAUCUCUGCUCUGUGUGAAUCCACUGGUGCUGAUGUGGAGGAAGUGGCCAGAGCCAUCGGCAUGGAUCAGCGCAUCGGAUGCAAGUUCCUCAAAGCCAGCGUGGGUUUUGGAGGAAGUUGUUUUCAGAAGGAUGUGCUGAAUUUGGUGUAUCUGUGUGAGGCACUGAAUCUCCCAGAGGUUGCUUCAUACUGGCAACAGGUGAUUGACAUGAACGAAUAUCAGAGAAAGAGAUUUGCCUGUCGGAUCAUUGACUGCCUGUUUAACACCGUCACAGGGAAGAAAAUCGCCUUGCUAGGUUUCUCCUUCAAGAAGGACACAGGAGACACCAGAGAGUCCUCUAGUAUCUACAUCUCUAAGUAUCUGAUGGACGAAGGAGCUAAGUUGCAUAUUUAUGACCCUAAAGUGCUGAAGGAGCAGAUAAUCCAGGACCUGUCUCAACCCAGCAUCUCUGGAGACAGCCCCGAGAGAGCAGUGUUGUCUGAUCUCGUUACAGUGUCAUCUGACCCGUAUGAGACGUGUGAAAGUGCACACGCUCUGGUCAUCUGCACGGAGUGGGACAUGUUUAAGGAAUUGAAUUACGAGAAAAUCUAUCAGAAGAUGUUGAAACCAGCGUUUAUCUUUGAUGGGCGACGAGUUCUGGACCUUCUGCACCCUCAGCUACAGAACCUGGGCUUUCAGAUUGAGACCAUUGGGAAGAAAGUGACGACCCGAAUCCCCUUCACACCAUCCUCCGGAGGAGGUCCACGACUCACUGAACCACCCAUCAAGAAAACCAAAGUUUAACACACACACACACACACA